AUGGACCACUGUCAAGGUUCGCUGAAGGGGAUUGGUGUGGACUUGGCAGACUGUUUUCUGGAGAGUGAUUCGCGUGCUGGGUGGAUCAAUGAUUUCAAGGGAGACAUUCUUGUGGCACAAGCUGCAAUAUUCUUCACUGCAGGUUUUGAGGCUAAUGCUGCAACGAUAGCCUUCAUACUCUAUGAGUUGGCAAUGCAGCCUCAUCUACAAACCAGACUGCGAGAAGAGGUUCUAGAUGCUAUGGACAAAAAUGAGGGGACGCUGACAUACGACGGUGUUAGAGACAUGGAGUACCUCCACAUGGUGGUUUCAGAGGUAGUCCGAAAAUAUCCUCCAAUGCCAAUACUAGACAGAGUCCCGAAUAGAGAUUACGUUAUCCCUGGUACCAACAUUACCAUUGAGAAGGGCACGGCAGUAUAUGUUCCCCUCUUGGGACUACACAUGGACCCAGCGGUUUAUCCAGGUCCAGAGCAUUUUGAUCCAGAGAGGUUCAGCGAGAAGAACAGGACAACUCGACAUCCUUUCAUGUAUUUGCCGUUUGGAGAGGGGCCUAAGAACUGCAUAGGUAAACUAUUUGGACUUAUUGCUGUGAAGCUGGGUAUAGCGAGCAUAAUAGGAAAGUUCGAAGUGUCACCAUGUGCUGAAACGCCACAUUCUAUGCACUUAAACCCCAAAGCUAUGAUAUUGGCUGCCAAAGGAGGAAUUCCUCUAAAAUGCACCAGACUGAGUCAGUGA